GAGCUCAGCAGGAGCAGCAGCGGGGAACUGCACAUUGUUUUGGAUGAGAGUUGCGCUGUCAUUCUCCUCCGAGUGCAUCUCUGAGAGAAACAAAGGCGAAACGGCUUAUUGUUUGAGAAGCCAUGCUGAAAUCAUGCUGUUAUUUUUGCGACUAUGGAGGCACAGUUUAACAUAACUGCACAUCUGUAUCUCAGAUGUCGCUAUUUUUGGAAUGACACGGUUUUGGACGACAAGGCUUUCUUUGGAAUAACGCGCUAAAGUAAAUGCUUUACCUCGAGAACUGACUGGAGAAAGUUACGUUACAUACUGGAUAUAAUAAAUUCAUGCAUUGUGACAAUGACAACAAAACUAGGCUAGAAAUUGUAACAAAACUGCGAGGAGUGUAGAAUUCACAGUUUAAAAGCUAAAGUCUAAUGAAGACUGUAACCUCACCUUAUGCUUAGAUCAGAGGAGAACAGGAGGAUGGAUUUUGGCAGAAGAACGUCUCCACGCUUCUCCACGAGGUGUUUCCCGUGUAGGACUCAGGAGCUCAGGACGUACCUGUUCACGUUUACGGUGUUUUACCUGUUAGUGUGCAGUGAAGGAUCCUAUUCUAAAACCUGUGACAAAAACUGCAUCUUUGGAAGAUGUAUCAAUGGAACUUGCGUCUGUGAACGGGGAUGGGCUGGGGAUCAGUGUCAACACUGCCAAGGGAGAUUCAAGUUGACAGAGUCAUCAGGAUCACUCACUGAUGGACCAGUUAACUACAAGUACAAGACUAAAUGCACUUGGCUGAUUGAAGGAUACCCAAAUGCUGUGCUCAGGUUGAGGUUUAACCAUUUUGCCACAGAGUGCAGUUGGGAUCACAUGUAUGUCUUUGAUGGAGACUCGAUUUACGCACCUUUGGUAGCUGUGUUUAGUGGCCUGGUUGUCCCAGAGACUAAAGGAAAUGAAACCAUUCCUGAGGUGGUGACCACAUCUGGAUACGCAUUGUUACACUUCUUCAGUGAUGCUGCCUACAAUCUUACAGGAUUCAACAUCUUUUAUUCGAUAAACUCCUGUCCUAAUAACUGUUCAGGUCAUGGAAGGUGUACAACGGGUAACUCCAUCUCCAGCAGUGUUUACUGCGAGUGUGAGCGAUACUGGAAAGGUGAGGCCUGUGACAUUCCCUACUGUUGGGAUGACUGUGGCAGUCCUGACCGGGGAUACUGCGACCUCACCGGAGAAAAGCUCUGUGUCUGCAAUGAUAGCUGGCAAGGUCCAGAUUGCUCUUUAAAAGUUCCUUCGGCUGAGCCGUACUGGUUUCUGCCUAAUGUGAAGCCUGAUGGACAGUCACUAGACCGGGUUUCCCAUAAAGCAGUGGUUCAUGGGAAGCUGAUGUGGGUGAUUGGAGGGUUCACCUUUAACUACAGCUCCUUUCAGAUGGUAAUAAACUAUAAUCUAGAAAGCAGCACAUGGGAUGUAAUACCAAUCAACGGUGGCCCUCUGCAGCGCUAUGGACACUCUCUGGCUCUUCACAAGGAUGAUAUCUACAUGUUUGGUGGGAAGCUGGAGGCAGGCUCCGGGAACGUAACAGAUGAACUGUGGCUGUUUGAUACACGUACCCGGUCUUGGUCCCCCAAAACACCCAGCCCUGGGCUGCAAGUCCAACCCUUUGCUGUGGAGGGACAUACUGCUCACAUAGUGGACAACAGGAAUGGAGAACCCAUCAUGGUGGUGCUUUUUGGCUAUUCACCCAUUUACAGCUACCUCAGCCUUGUCCAGGAGUACAACAUUCGUACUAACUCCUGGUCGGUGGCAGAGAUGAAUGGGGCGCUGGUGCAAGGAGGAUAUGGCCACAGCAGCGUUUAUGACAGCUCUUCACAUUCCAUAUAUGUCCACGGAGGAUACAAAGCCCUCCCUGCCAACAAAUACGGCCUAGUGGAUCAUUUGUACCGCUAUCAGGUCCACACACACACCUGGUUUAUUCUGAAGGAAAGCGGUCUGGCAAGAUACCUCCACACCGCUGUGCUGAUCAGUGGAGUUCUGCUGGUGUUCGGGGGAAACACUCAUAAUGACACCUCACUCAGUAACGGGGCCAAAUGCUUCUCCUCCGACUUCCUGUCCUAUGACAUCGCAUGUGAUGAGUGGACAGUUCUUCCAAAUCCCAAUCUUCAUCAUGACGUCAAUCGUUUUGGACACACAGCAGUUGUCAGUAAUGGCUCAAUGUACGUUUUUGGUGGUUUCUCUGGUGUUAUCCUGAACGAUGUACUGGUGUAUAAACCUGCCAGCUGUGAGGUCUUCCUCGAGGUGGAGCUUUGUCAGAGCUCUGGUCCUGGUGUUCGCUGUGUCUGGAUAGAAGAACGCUGUGUACCCUGGGACUCCGGCCAUGCUAAUGACACUUUGCCUGCCUCCUUCUGCCCUGCACGCACCAAUUCAGAUGAUAAGCAGUGUCAGCAGUUUUCAGACUGUGCUUCCUGUACGGCCAACACCAAUGACUGCCAAUGGUGUGAAGACAAGAAAUGCAUCUCUUCUUCAAGCAACUGCACCGUGCUUACAAUUGAGCUUACCCGCCACCCUCGAGGUCCCCUGUACCUCAACCCUCCCCCUGCAAUGCUUUCUGAGCACCAGCUCUCUAUUUGGAGACCCGGUGUGCGCAAAAAUGGCCAGUCUGUGAAGAACUUUACCAAAUGCAGUGUUCGAAGUGAGCAGGUUUGCAGCAAACUGGUGAAUUGCAGGAGUUGCUCACUGAACAUCAACUGUCAGUGGGAACCACAACAGCAGGAGUGUCAUGCUCUGCCUGCACAUUUGUGCGGAGAGGGUUGGAGUCAGGUUGGAGAUGCAUGUCUGAGGCUGAAUGCAAGCAAGGAGAGUUAUGAUAAUGCCCAGCACUACUGUAAGAACCUGGAUGGCAACAUUGCAUCUCUGACCUCAGCCAGGCAGGUGGACUUCAUACUGGAUGAGCUGCAGAAGUAUCAGCUGCAGGAGAAGAAACUAACUCCCUGGGUGGGUCUAAGGAAGAUAAAUGUUUCAUACUGGGGGUGGGAGGACAUGUCUCCCUUUACUGCCAGCACGCUGCAGUGGUUACCAGGGGAGCCAAGUGACUCAGGCUUUUGUGCAUACCUGGAAAGAGCUGAGGUAGCCGGACUCAAAGCCAAACCUUGCACUGCCAACACCGAGGGGCUGAUCUGUGAGAAGCCAGUUGUGAGCCCAAACCUUAGCGUGCGUCCAUGUAAGAUUCCCUGCGCCCUGCGAACCAGCUGUGCCAACUGCACCAGCCAGGCCAUGGAGUGCAUGUGGUGCGGCAGUACCAAGCGCUGUGUGGAUUCCAAUGCGUACGUCAUCUCCUUCCCCUACGGCCAGUGCCUGGAGUGGCAAACUGGAGACUGUGGCGCUCAGAACUGCACAGGUCAUCGUACAUGUGGUCAGUGCCUGGAACAUCCUGACUGUGGUUGGUGCGGAGACCCUACAGACACAGGUCAGGGCCAGUGCAUUGAGGGAUCAUACCGUGGACCAAUGAGGAGCCUGAGCAGACAGAGCCGAGAGAGGGUAUUGGACACCAGUGUCUGUUCAAGAGAAAAGGGCUAUAACUGGGCCUACAUAACCUGCCCAGCAUGUCAGUGUAACGGCCACAGUACGUGUAUAAAUGGCAGUGUGUGUGAGCAGUGCAAGAAUCUCACAACUGGGCCGCAGUGCCAGAUCUGUCUACCUGGUUACUAUGGAGACCCAACCAAUGGAGGGAAAUGCCAAGCCUGCAGAUGUAACAACCACGCCAACGUGUGCCACUCCAGCUCAGGGAAGUGCUACUGUACCACUAAAGGGGUCAAAGGGGACCAAUGCCAGCUAUGUGAUUCCGAAAAUCGCUACCUUGGCAACCCACUUAGAGGAACAUGUUACUAUAAUCUUCUGAUAGAUUACCAGUUUACUUUUAGUCUGCUUCAAGAGGACGAUCAGCACUACACGGCCAUUAACUUCAUGGCGACUCCAGAAGAGACCAAUAAGAACCUCGAUAUGUCAAUUAAUGCAUCCAACAAUUUCAACCUCAACAUAACAUGGUCUAUCGGCUCAACAGCGGGUACGAUCUCCGGGGAGGAAUUCCCCAUAGUGUCCAAGACUAACAUGAAAGAGUACAGAGACAGCUUCUCCUGUGAGACAUUCUCCUUCCUUGCAAAUCCCAACAUCACUUUCCAUGUAUAUGUCAGCAACUUUUCAUGGCCAAUCAAAAUACAGAUAUCCUUCUCUCAACACAGCAGCAUCAUGGACCUGGUGCAGUUCUUUGUCACAUUUUUCAGCUGUUUCCUGUCCCUGCUGCUGGUUGCUGCUGUGGUUUGGAAAGUCAAACAGACGUGCUGGGCAUCACGCAGGAGAGAGCAACUAAUGCGAGAGCGCCAGCAGAUGGCCAGCCGUCCGUUUGCAUCUGUUACAGUGGCACUUGAGGCUCCAGAGGAAGAGGAGGAGCUUCUGCAGGGCCAGGUGGAGGCUGGUCCCAUAGCGGUGGAGCCAUGUUCUGGCAAUUGUGCUGCUGUGCAAACAUUGCUGAUGAGUCUUCCACGGGCAUCUUCUGGAGUGUCUCCCCCUGGCCAGUGUGGCAUUACCAUAGCCAGUGCUCUUAUUGAUACGUCUCAGCAGAGGGCCGGCGACUUCAAAGACAAGGGCUUGAGUCUAAAGAGCCGUAAACAGCAGCACACGUUGCACCAGGGAACCUGCGUCUGAACCAGCCGACUGACCUCACUGGACACACUGAUUCUCAGCUUUUUUCUCCUUCUCUCUCGUUCUCUACCACUACAAGGAGAUGGUGUUGAUGAGCGGGGAGCUCUUGAAGUGUAAAUGACAAAGGAGGGUCGAGACAUUACUGGUCCGUGUGUGGCUCCUCCUGAAUUGCACGCUCCAUAGUGGAGCUCGUAUUCCCUCAGUAUUGCUUGAACCUCUGUGGAGGACAUCUGCAUUUUGAUUGCACCCACUGGGUUUCUGUUUUCAACAGCUGUUUCUCUAAAAGGGAGGGAGUGUGUAGAUGAAACUCACUCGGACCCAAAAUAGGAACAAGUUUCAGGCCAGAAUUAAUCAUCUGAUCACGCAUGUAGAGGCAUUCAGAAUAAACCUGCCUCUACUUUCAGGGUUUUGUCUUGUUAUUUAGUGAAGUGUCUGUUGAUGACUCUUUAAUAGACUAAUUAUUGUUAGCCGAGGACUGUAUUUGGUGCAUACUGUAUGGUGUUUUGUAAUGGUCUUGAUCUGUGGAAAGUUUAAUUUUAGAGAUUAGAUUGGACUUGUUUUGCAAAACUGACAUUUGUGUCUCCUAGUGGCCAUACACAAACUCAUGCACUUGACCACAUGAAAUUAAAACUGGAGUUUUGUGGCUUUUAGUCCGUAUUGUCUGUGUGUUACACUAAAAAGAUUUUGGUGUAGGAUUAAAUUUCACACAUAAUUACAAAGAGCAACAAGUAACAUUGAAUUAAACGUGAUUUUUUUUUUUUUAAUUAGAAAGACUGUAAAUAUAUAGUCCAAUGAUCUUUAUUUAAUUUAUAACUUCAGUAAGAUUUGUGUGUGUUUUAAUCAGCAAGGAUGCAUUAAAUUAGUAAAAAUAAAAAAUAAAAUUAAUUCCACCGUAUUUCAAAUGCAUUCUUAUGUUUUAAACUUUCUAUUCAUCUAUUAAAAAAAAGUUAUUAAUAUUAAAAGAUAUUAAACAGUACAAUUCUUUUAACGUCGAUAAUAAGCACCAAAUGUAAGAAUGAUUUCUGAAGGAUCGUGUGGAAGUGAAGACUGGAGUAACAGCUGCUGAAAAUUCUGCUUUGAUUUUGACAUCACAGGAUUAAAAUACAUUUUAAAAUACAUUCAAAUGCAGCCUUAGUAAGCAUUAAAAAAAAUUAACUUUUGAAUGGUAGUGUACAUAUUUAAAUUGCCUCUUUCAUCCUGAGAACACAAAGCAUUUUUUAUUUUUUUUGUCUAAUCAAAGUGAAAAUAUUCCUCAUGCUCAAACACAGGAUGUUUUGGUAGUGCUACAGAAAGAGCGUUUACAGGCUUACUACAAAUGGCUUACAUGUGUUCAUGAUAUAAAAGAAAGUAUAUUAAUCAUCAAAUCCACAGGGUUUUUCAGCAUCAUAUGAUUGGCUACAGAUUUACCUAAUGGAACUUUAGCUGCUAUAAACUAGCGCUGCAUUUAUCAGACAGAGUGGUUGUAAUGAAACAGCCUAUGAUCAACAGAUGUGUGUCAGCAGAAAGUUAGCCAAGUUAACCACAGCUGAAAUGGACCUAAAAUAUUAGGGUUCUGUGGGCAAAAUCAUUGGUUUGUAUUUUCAAUGUCUAGUGUUCACAAAAUCAUCGGACUACAAUUGCCAUUAGUACAUGCAGUAUGUCCAUAUCUUAACUCAGUGUUGUUUGACAUGUUAAUAAAGCCAAGAAACAUUUGCCUGUAUUUGUAUAUUGUCAUAAUGUUUUGGUUUGUUUGCUUCAGAUAGUCAAGACAUGUAAAAACUAUAAUUUCAUGUCUUGUUAUGAAAAUACAUCCAAGUUUAUUACCCUAAAGUAGGCUCAAUAAGUCAUAAAUUUCCUGCAUAAAAUUGUGUUAUUGUAUUUCUCUAUUAUGUUUUCACAACCGAAUUGUGUUGCACUUAAGCCCUUUAUUAAAUUGAACCCUGGUCUGGUCAUGUUUGUCUAAAAUGACUUUUACUACAUCAGUCUAAACUUAGUUCACCCCAAAAUUAUAUUUCUGUCAUGUCAUUCCAAACAUAUAUGGAGCAUUUAAUAAUAAUAAUAAUAUACAGUUUUUUUUCCAUUGCAGUGUUGAUUCAGAUUUGAAGAUUGAACAUGUGUAAUCUCUUGAACGUGUGUAUAUAAAUGACUCCCGCUCAACUUAAAUCUAACAGAUGUAUCACUCAUUGGGUUGUUGGUUCGUUUGCACUGGUACACAGGCUGUACAGGUGCAGUGUUAUACUGCAAUGCAGAAACAAUAUCAUUGUGUUGUCUCUUAUGUCUCAAAGGUGUUUGUUUUUGUUUAUUUAUUCUCAUUUGCAUAGUUGAGUCAUAACCUUUGUAAAUUGUAUAAAUGUUGAUGAGUUUUCUGGUUUUGCAGCGUUAUGUAAUAAUUUACAUUCUACAAAAUCAAUUUUAAACAAAUAAAGAGCAGCCAAAGAAAGUUUGUUCAUGUUUAUGCAG